CUUGUUGAGCUGCUUAUGCUCAGAUGGCAGAUAAGGCAGUUGAUUGCUACACCUGCUACCUUAAGCUUGCUUGCUGUACAUGUACAUGCUGAUUCUGCUGAGAAUAAAUCAUCCGAAAAGAACCUACUAAAAAUUGAUGAGCUUUCACUCUAUACCAGUCCAUCACCAAAAUCAAAAUAUGUGGAAGAUCCAGAGUCACAACUGGAACAAACUAUUUCUCAUCUGCGGCAUUCUUUGGAGCCAUAUGCAGCUUGGGUUCAGGACUGUACUGGGAAAGCUAUGCCUAAGGUAGAAAAGGCCUGUGAGUAUGUUAAAGAGAGUUAUGAAAUCAUCAAAGCUCCACCUCCAGGAUUUUAUCCAAGGCUUGGUGUUAUAAGUUUUGCUGGUAUUGUUGGAUUAUUCUUGGCAAGAGGUUCCAAAAUUAAAAGAUUGGUGUAUCCAAUAAGCUUCGUGGGGAUUGGUACUGCUGUCUACUAUCCACAGCAAACAGUUGCUGUUGCCAAGGUAACUGGCUUUCGCCUAUAUGACUGGAGUCUACAAGCAUAUAUAAGCCUAGAAUCUCUUUGGAAAGAUAGUUCAAAAAAGAAAAAGUCUGCAAAAGCAAGUAGCAAGUCCAACGCAGAAAGUGAUAAAGAAUUGAAAGUACAAGAAGAAAGAGCAGUAAAAUAAACUACUCCAUUACUACUUGUUGAACAGAAUCUAUGAAGAUUGAACAUGGUUUGCCACAGCCUUUGGAAAGAUUGGCUUGGAAUCUAUCUGAAUAAGAAAUACUAUGAUUGUAUUCUGCCAGCUUUGGACUUACGGUCAAAGUUUUGCAUGAUCAUCUUAAACUCCUUCAAGACCUGAGUCUCUCUCUGAAUUCCUGAGCAAUACUUGCAAAGAAGUAUGUUUAAUUAAAUUUAAUGAGAUAUAAUGCUAUAUAAAUGUUUAAGAUUAGGCUGCAAAUUAAUGUUAAAACUUCUUAGUCCCUUGUCACUGUUUAUAGACUUAAUUAAAAUGAGUAUUGA